CGGUCACACUGUAAGAGCCAUCACUAACCGCGAGAAGCAGCAGCGGCGGCCAGCAGUGCUGUGUGUGUGUGUGCGUGUGUGCGCGACGAAAAAGUGUAAAGCGUAACGAGCAGAAGAGAAAAAACGUGUGAAAAUUUAUAGAAAGAACGACGCUAUCAUUCUUGGUCUAUUGUCGUCGUUGUCGUUAUCGUUAUCGUUUAUUGUCAUUCGUUCUCGUCGUGGUUAACACAACAACAAACACUCUUCAACAACAAGAACAACAGCAGCAGCAGCAGGAAUAACAAAACGGAUCGCAACGUACAUCACAGAAAAAUAAUAGUACAACGUGAGAGCGAGGCAAAGCUACAAAAACAAAUCGAACGAGGAGCUUGCAAAAUGCAUCACGAAGAGAUGCAUACAAAAUAAAGAGGAGCGCAAAAAGAAGUCAACUGCAAACAUAUAAAAAACUGCUGACUGCAAAAAACGUUGGUUGUGAGUGCGAGCAUACGAGUGUGUGUGUGUGUGUGUGCGUGUGGGUGAGUGUGUGCAAAUUACGUGCGUGAGUUUAUGGAUAUUUGAGUACGUGCCUCUCUCUUCGCUCUCUCACUUUCUUUCACACUGACUGCCUGCCAAACUGUUGUGUUGGUGUGCGUAUGUGAGUGCAGCAGAAGCAGCAACAGCAAUUGAGCCCAAACAGAAGAGAAUCAAUUGCAGACAGACUCUCCACUCACUCUCACUCGUUGAGGCUCAACUCUCUCUCUCUCUCGUGUGCAAUUGGAAUGGCUGCGAAAAGCAAUAGCAACAGCAAAAACAAUAAGGAUAUGCAGCUGUAAUACGUUUAAGAUUAAAGUCAAAAUAAUAAAAGCAAAGGAUUUGAAACCAAAUAUAUAAUAUUGAUAACAGUAUCAUCUAAUACGUCUAAACAAAGAAGCAAAAAAGGCAUCACACAAAAAGAGAUAGCGAUAAUUGCAACUAUAAAUUAUAAAGUUUACAAGUUUACAAUAAACCACUUCCCACCACCCCACGCCAUAUAAAAAAGAAAAUAAAAACAAAAACAAAACAAAAAGGAGAAAACUGCGUGGUUGAAAAUAUGAGCAGUCUGUUGGAUGAGCUGGGCCAGACGCUGGUGCCGUCAUCAAUUGUUGAUGAGCAGCAACGUUCAUCGCUGGGCACGACGUUGUGCGAUGAUUCGAAUUCAUCGACAACGGUGCUGGAGGAUACCGAUGUGAGCAACACGAGCAGUAGCAGCAGCACGAGCAGCAAUAGCAGCACCAGCAGCAUUAGCAGCAGCAGUUGCAGCAAUGGCUCCGGCUCGGGCACCGAUACCGAUACUGGCAAAGGGAGUAGCACUAUUGGCAGCAUCGAUGUCGCCAGCGUGAGUUCGUCUAGCAUCGGUUCGGCGGCAUCGAUAUCAUCAUCGAUAUCGACUACCGCACCAUCGACGGCCAAUUCAUCGGGCCUCGGUUUGGUUGUCGAUGUCGAUAGCCACAUUGGGAGCAGCCAGGAGCUUAGCCAUGGCUAUGAUGCCAAAAGCGUAACGGAACUCGAUUCGCUCGAAGAUUCAUGUGGCUCCAUGUUGAAGGAUGGCGAUAAGCUAUGCAAGAUAUGCAGUUCGCGAUUGGUCAUGCCACGUAUUCUCUCGUGUCUGCACGUUUUUUGCGAGGAUUGCCUGCAGAAUUUGGUGACGAGCAAGGAGUCCGCAUCGGCGAGCUCGCCGGCUGCGUCGCUCUCAUCGGCAGCCAGCUGCUCCUCGACGUCGUUCGAUGGCAGCGAGCAUCAGCAUCGAAUGCACACGGUGCUGGAAUGUCCCGUGUGCAAGCAGCUAACACAGCUGGGCAAUAAGGGUGUGAAGGGUCUGACAUGUGACUAUAUUUUGACCAAUAUACUGGAUCUGUCCAAUCUCGAAACGGAGACCAUACCGUGCACAUCGUGCAAGAGCAAAGAGGAGGCCAUAUCCCGUUGCAAUGAUUGCGCCAAUUUCCUGUGCAAUGGCUGCGAUAAUGCCCAUAAAUAUAUGCGUUGCUUUGAGAAUCAUCAGGUCGUGCGCAUCGAGGAUUUGCAGAAGAAUCUGCAAGAUGAUAAGCUCAUCAUACACAAGCCCAUCUGUUGCCAACAGCAUAUAAGCGAGAAUCUCAAAUACUAUUGCUUUACGUGCCAGGUGCCCACCUGCAACGAUUGCCUGCUCAGCGAUCACAAGGGCACCGAUCAUCAUUAUGAAACCGCCGGCAUUGCCGAGCAAGCGGUGCGGGCAGACAUGGUACAGGUGAUUGCGGAGACCAUGAAGAAGGCCGAGUAUUGCAACGAUGCUGGCGGCAAUCUGAGCAGUGCUUUAACCGAGCUCCAGGCCCAGCAUGAUAGUGUUCAUCAGCAGAUCGACGAGGCGUACAAGAAGUACAAGCGAACGCUUGAGAUCAUAAAGGAGGAGAUGAUUGCCGACUUGGGACGUUUGCAUUCGGAGCGUGAACUCAAGAUUAUGGAUUUGAUGCAGAGUCUGGAGAAUAACAUGGGACGGUUGCAGCAGGCUGCACAGUUUGGUCAACGGGCAGCGGACAAGGCAAAUUCGGUGGAAAUUCUGCUCUUAAAACCGGUGGUGACGGCGCAGUGCACAAAUCUCAUGGAGCAGACGCCUCAGAGCGAUGCCAACUAUCAGCUGCAAUUCGACUGCAAUCCGGAUAAGUUUGAGCGUUUCGCCCGCGACAUGUUUGGCAAAUUUCGCACGGAAUCGACGAGCAAGUCACAGGCAUCGGGAUCGCCAGGUGCAAUUGGUGGUGGUGGUGGCCAAAUGCUGUCCACAUCGACGCCGUCGCCAUCGGCCACUCCCAAGCAGCACACACCGCCCCCAGCCCAUUUGGCGCCCGGUUGCCAUAGUGCUGGUCUCUUGCCCACCAGUGGACGCAGUCUGUCCGGUGCUGGGAAUGGAGCGAGCAGCAGUUCGGUGCAAGGACGUCUCAGUUCGGCGGCAGUGUUUAGUCCCUUGUCGUUGCCGUCGUCGUUGCAGAGCUCAUUCGAUGGCGACACUUCGGUGAUGACCAACUUUUCAAUGAUGAGCACAUUGCCACCGGACUCGCCGCCGCAGUUGCAGCCACCGCUGCAGCAACAACAACAGCAGCAGCAACAACAACAGCAGCAGCAACAGCAGCAGCAGCAACAACAACAGCAAGCCUUGCAACAGGUGCAGCAACAGCAGCAGCAACAACAGCAGCAGCAGCAACAACAGCAGCAGCAGAAGCAACAGCAACAGGUGCUGCAUCAACAGCCUCAAACGCUGCCCGUGGCCCAGCAGAUUGCCCAGUUGGUGACCCCUCAAGGCAUUGUUCAGGUGCAGCAGACGAGCGGACAUGUUAAUCUCAAUGCCGGACCGAAUAAUGCUGCCGUUGGCAUGGGUCUUGGCAACCUCAAUGGCCUGGGCAUGAAUGCUGGCGGUCCGACGCCACCAUUCAGCAUGCUCGAGUACAAUUUGUCGCGAUUGGCUAGCCUCACCGAGAAUAUACCGGAUACGCUGAACGAUGCGCUCAGCGUUGGCAAUUCAAAUGCGGUUGCUGCCGCGGCUGCAGCCAAUGCAAGCGGCUCGGGAUCGCAUCAUCAGCAGGCUGUCAUCCCCGCCUCGGCUGUGACGCCCACGCAGCCCAUCACUCUGGCCGAUAUUCUAUCUGGAGAUCAGCGAGCUCUCAACAAUCUGCAAGCCCUGGCCAAGCUGGGAUUAAACAAUAAUGAUGAGCAUCAUGAUUUGUUGUCGUCGAAUGGAAGCUCAACGUGCCUUGAUUAUAUUUUAACAGAUUUCUGCAUGCCGGCAGCAACAUCGCCCAGCCUGCAGACACUGAAUCCGAUUGUGGGCGGUGUUGAGGACAUGGGUCUCAAUAAUUUCCAUGCUGUUGCUCCGCCGGGCACCACAAGCGUUGUCACUGGCCGCAAUAAGGCGACACCGAUGCAAAUACGCUGCAAAUUCGGAUCGCUGGGCACGGCCAAAGGUCAAUUUAAUUCACCACAUGGCUUUUGCCUGGGUGUCGAUGAGGAGAUCAUUGUCGCCGAUACAAACAAUCAUCGAAUCGAAGUCUUUGAUAAAAUGGGUGCACUCAAGUUUCAAUUUGGUGUCGCUGGCAAAGAGGAAGGCCAAUUGUGGUAUCCGCGCAAAGUGGCGGUCAUGCACAACAACGGCAAAUUCGUGGUCUGUGAUCGUGGCAACGAACGUUCGCGCAUGCAAAUCUUCUCCAAAUGUGGACAUUUUAUGCGCAAAAUUGCCAUCAGAUAUAUUGAUAUUGUAGCUGGUCUGGCUGUGACCACCAAGGGUCACAUUGUGGCUGUCGAUAGCGUUUCACCGACCGUGUUUGUCAUCUCCGAGGAGGGCGAACUUGUGCGUUGGUUCGAUUGCAGUGAUUAUAUGCGUGAACCUUCAGAUAUUGCCAUAAGAGACAACGAUUUCUAUGUGUGUGACUUUAAGGGACAUUGCGUGGCCGUUUUCCAGGAGGACGGCACAUUCCUGUAUCGCAUUGGCAACGAGAAGGUCACCUGCUUCCCCAAUGGCAUCGAUAUAUCGAACGCCGGCGAUGUGCUCAUCGGCGAUUCGCAUGGAAAUCGUUUUCACGUCGCCUGCUACUCCCGCGAAGGUGUUUUGCAGUCCGAGUUUGAGUGUCCCCACGUUAAGGUUUCACGUUGUUGCGGCCUAAAAAUCACCUCCGAGGGCUAUGUGGUCACGUUGGCCAAGAAUAAUCAUCAUGUGCUCGUUUUGAACACCCUCUAUGUUCACUGAUUGCAAAUCAAAGCGCGCAACAAUCGUCCAGCUGUCGAUAUGAACAAAUACAACUAUAAAUACUCUUCGGGCAAGAUUUACGGAUGUCGCAGGCAACAGCAACAGCAGCAGCAGCAGCAACCACAGCAGCCACAGCAGCAACAACAAAAGCACCAGGAGCAGCAUCAACAACAACAACAGCAACAGCAGCAACAGUCACAUAAGCAACAAAAUGGAGCAGCAGCUUAGGCAACAAUAAAAUUGGAGCUUAGCCGCCGUCUUGCAUCGAAAAGCAAAGUUAAAUCAACAAUAAUACAAAACAGAAAAUAACACAAGAAAUAAACAAAAACAAACAUUAACAAAAGAAAUUAGAUCACGACAUGAUGAUGAUGGCAAAGAGCGAAUCAAAUCUCGAACACACACACACUAGUAGUAUAUAUGAAAAAAGUUCAAUGAAAUGAUGUGAAUAUCCUUUAAGCAAAAUGUUGUGCCCCCGUACAAGAAAGAACAACAAACAAACAAAACAAAUAAGCAACAAGAAAAUGCAACAAUACUAUUUUUGAUCUCUAAUUUAAACGCAAAACAAAAACAAAAAUCGAUUAGCGCUACUGAAAAAUACAAAAAAAAAACAACACAAAAACAAAACAAAUCUAUGAAAAACGAAAAGAAGAGGCAAUACUUGACUACUUAGUGUAAAAGCAAAGAAAACAUUGAAUGAAAGUCUAAAUGAUGAAAAUAUGAAAGGAAACUAAUAACUUCGGUAAUAUUUUCAUAACGUUUUAAACAAGGAAAAUGCUCUAAUUUGUAUUCUGUUUAUUUUUAAACUUAUGUUCUUGUUAAAAAUUGUCCUUGACCUCAACACACAAAACACACACACACAAAACAAUCACCACACCACACACAUAUAUACAAUACACCAAGACACAUCACACACACACACACACUUCUACAUGUUACUUAUUAUCUACGUAUAGACAUAUAUAUUGUUAUAUCGACCGAUUAGCUUUUUUGUGCAUACCCUUCCAGAAUCUUUUUCGAUACAAAAUCAAGAAAUGAAAAAAAAAAACAAAAACAAAAACAUAAAAACGAAACACGCAUAUAUAUAUAUAUAUUAUUGUGCAUACUCGAAUGUGUAUAUGAAUAUAUGUAUUGCUGUAUAUAUGUAUAUGUGUAUACACGUGGGUAUGUGUGGGAAAUGUGCACCUUUUGGGCGCAUUUUCCGCAGUAGAAGAGUAGAAGAGGCAAGAACAAAACCAGUCGCAAAGGCAACAACAACAACAACUGCAAUAAGAUAUAUAUGAAACUUUCAUGUAUUUUUGUUUGAUUUUAAACAGAAAGUAAAACACACGUAUUUAUAUAUACACGACAAAAGAAAUGUUUAGGUUUUUCCUUACCGCGGCUUAUAUAAAGUGAUAUCUCUCUCUAUAUUUAAAAAUAAUAUCUUAAACAUACAUAUAUGUGAAAUCCUAUGACUAUAUGACUUUGCCAUAUAUAUAUAUAUAUAUAUAUAUAUAUACAUAUAUACAUAUAUAUACAACCGAAAGCAAAAACAAAACAAAAAAACAUAUGCAAACUAAACACACAAAAACAAACGUGUAUGAAUCUAUGUAUAUGUAUAUGUAUAUGAUGUCGAGUAAUUGAUGAAUAUGUGUAUGUGUGUGUGUGUUUUUGUGUAAGUGUGUGUGUGCGCGCGUGCCUGCCAGCCAGUGCUAUAUAUAUAUACAUAUAUAUAUAUAUGUUUUAUUGUCGCGUUGUGCGCGUGUUGGUAAUUUGAAAGUAUAAACAAACAACAAAAAGUCUACAUACAAACUAAGUUUAAGCUAACAACCAAAACAAAUAACAAAUGCUGAUUUGCAUUAGGCCAACAACCAACUAAAAAACAAAAACAAAACAAAAAACAAUACUAAAUAAAACAAUACUGCAAAUGCGCGAUGAGAUGCGAGAGAAUCAAGAAACCAAACAAAUAACUAUUGUUAAGUUCUAUAUAUAUAUUUACAAUGUUAAAUCGAUAUUCCUUUUGCUUAUAUACAUACAAAAACAAUUACGAAAAACAAACAACAUAUACAUACAUGUGCAUAUGCCCGCAUACAUACAAAACAAAAAACAUACACUAUAUACAUAUAUCUAUAUAUACAUGCAUAUACAUAUGUAUAUCUAUAUCUAUAUCUAUAUGUAUAUAUAUAGAGCAAAUAUAGCACAUAUUUUGGGGCAUGUGCCAUUUCUUUCCCGUUGUAAUACAAUAUAUAAGGCUGGUUUACUCCCAAGACAUUAUUAUUUUUUAAAUAACAUACAUACAAUACAUAUGUAUGUGUAUAUACAUACGCAUACAUAUGGCUAUAUAUUAUUAUGUACUACUAUUAUUAUAUUAAACGUUUAUUAUGUUGUUCUCUUUAUAUUCAUUAUAAUUUUUGUGAAUUUUUUAUCAUGUAUAAAUUGCAAUUUAUUUUUUGACUAUGUUCUAAGCCAAAAAACAAAAUACCAAUUAUUUGAUAAAUUAAUGUAUAAGAGCAAAGCAACUUAUUUUUUAAUAGGCUGUCAACACAUUUUAUUAUAUACACCACACCCACACGCAUACAUACAUACGCAAACACUACACUUUAUAUUUGUGUAAACAAUUAUCAAGCAAAAUCAUGUUGACUAUAUAUAUUAUUUUUAUUAGUUUUUAGAAAUAUUUUUUUUUUUUGUUUUGUGUAACAAAAGAAGCUUUUUGUUGAGUGUGAUUCGUUUAUCGUCGUUUAGUGAAGAAAAAUUCAAAUGUUUAAUCUUGUCAUUUUUUUUUUGUAAAUUUUAAUCUAGUUUUGGUAUUGUAAACAUUAUGUAAUACUAUACUUAUGUACCAUAUAUGUAUACUACUUUUUAUGUUGCAUACAUUCGCUGCAUUAUCCUGACAAAAACAAUUAACGAAAAAGUUCUAAACAAAUUUAAGCCCAAGAAAUGCAAUUUGUGCGGCAACAAAUGAAACUAUUUUUAAUUGUAUUUUUUAGCUGUAGUGCGAAAAGCAACAACAAACAACAGCAACAAUCAGAACAAUAACUUUAAUGUUGACCUUAUUUUUGUGUUUAUUUUGUUGAUACAACGUGUGAGGCUACGUUUUUAUUAAUAAUGACAAACAAAAAAACUAAAAAAAAGAAAAUCAAGCAACUAUAGUCUAAGUUUUGAAAACGCUUUUAAUUGUCUUAAUGUCUUUAUUAUAUUAUUUUACUUUUGUAUUUUCCAAGCGACAAUUAAGAAUUUUUUUAUUUGUUUUAUUCACUUAAGAGAAAUGAGAAAGAGCUAGAAGAAAACCUCCUCCCAAAGUUGUUGUCGAAGAAAGAGAUAGUGAACGAAUACAAGAACGAGAAAGAAAAUGCAAUUUUUUUGUGAACAAUUUGGCUGUUGAAAUAUAAUUUUAAUUCUUAUGCAUAAACUUCGUUAAAUGUGAAUCAUUUUUUUGUGGAAAUGAUUAAUUAAGCAACAAACACAUCAUGUUAUAUCGUGUACAAUAAUAUUUAGGACUAUUCCCUAUGGUAUCUCCCCUUCUACACCCCCAUCCAACCCCCCACCCAAUGCAAAACAAAUACUUAGAAUGAAUUUACUUAGAUUUCUUAUGUUCAAAAGUUGUUUUUCUUGUUUGUUGUCUUUGCCGCUGCAUUACUACAAACGAUAAUAAUAAUAAUGAUAUAUCAAUGAUAACUAAUAUCGCGAAAGAGAGAAAAGAAAGUAUUAAGAAAACACUACAAAAACAAAAAUAACAACAACAACUAAAGUGAAAUACACAUACAAACACACAUACAAAACAAAUGCGAAAUAUGCCAAACAUUGUUAUUAUUAUCCUUCUCCUUAUUUUGUGAAAACAAACAAAAAUCAACUCUUUUAAUACUGUUAUAUUUGCUUUUUAACAAUGCAAUAAAAAAAAAAACAAAUCAUGCAUUAAAUCACAUCAUGUUAAAAAAAUAUACUACUUUUUACACUUUGUUCUAGUUAUUGCGAAAGCCUUCAAAAGAAAACAAAAACAAAAACCACAAAGAAAAUGAAAAAAUGAAAUUGUAAUUCCACACGCUUUUAUUUAUAACAUUUACAAAAUUAAUUUGGUUCUUUUCAGUUUGUUGUAGACGCAACUAAAACCAGCAAACGGCAAAAGAAUUCAUAAUUGUUUAAAACAAAAUCAAAUUUAUUUUAGGUUAGUUUCAAAAACAAAUGAAAACAAAAGAAAAAAAAAAUAGCAAACAAAUGAUAUUAAGUAAAACGAAAUAAUGAUUUUUAUGCAACGCGUUUAAAAACUUUUCCAAGAACAAAACGAUAGAAAAAUGCCUAACAACAAAACUAAACUAAAACAAGAAAAAACACAAAAACACCAAAAAAAAAAAAAAAAAAUCAACAAAAAUGAUUUCCUAUAUUGCAUACAAAUUUAUGAAAAAAUGUGCUUAAGUUUAAAUCAAAUUUACAAUUUAGUUGAGAUUAUGAACUAAACAACUUUUUACACAAAACUAAAAACAUACAUAUAUACUUGUAUAUGUAUAUGUAUGAGGUUUAGCUAAAAUAUACAUAUGUAAGUUUAGCCAAUGGCAAAGGAGGCAGGGAAAUGGUCAGACAUUGGACGUGGCACUUGACACUGGACUUAAUAUUUAAAGCAGAAGCAAAAACGAAAAAACAACAAAACAAAAGAGAAAUGAGUAAUGAGAAAACAAGCACACAACAAAUACACACACAUACUCGGAUACAUACUUAGGGACAGAGCAACUAGUCAGCGGCGCUUACGUCACGCGUGUGGAGGAGACGUGACGUUAAAUGUGCAACAUCACACAUAUGUAUAACAGGCUGAUAUGACGUAACGUAACGUAACGUAACACAAUACAUCACUUUGACGUAGCAGAACGCAAUGCAAACGUAACUCAUAACACUGUAACUGUAACUUUAACGUCACGUCACGUUCCAAUCAUAGCCAACUCAGCCAACUCGUGCCAAUAAUUACCAUUUUUUGAGGCCGUCAUUUUGUGGCUAAGCUGCAAAAAAGCAAUUCAAAAACAAAAAAUAUAAAAAAAAAACAAAAACAAAAAUAAAAUACGUGAAUGAAAAAAGGCAUAUUAUUAUUAUUAUGAUUAUUAUUAUUAUAUUAUUUGUAACAUAAUAAAACUAUCAAGCAAAAAACAAAACACAAAAAUAUAAGAAAAACCAUUUGCUCUAUUGUGUGUAAUGUGACAAAGUGAACGCUUUCCACCUAUUUUGGUUAAUUAUUCUUGUACUUUAUUUAUACUUUAUACAUUUUGUGUUAAUUUUUACCACUCAAGAAAACGAAAAACAAUACAAAAAACAAAACCAAUCUUACUAACUUUAUACAUGCAUACAAAUAUAUAUAUACAUACAUACAUACAUACAUUAUAAUAUGUGCAUAUUUAUAUACACUCUCAAGUCUCUCAGUCAUCUUAUUUGUAAUUACUUUGUAUAACAUUUUGAAUUGGAAUCUACCAAAAACACCAAAAAUUAAGUGUAAUGUGCAAAUUGAGAAAAAUACUGCAAACAAAAAACGAACGAAAAUCACAUAAUUGUAAAGAAAUGAAAAAUUUGAUGAUGCUGCCAAAGAUUUUUUUAUAUAUACAAACAAAAAAUGGAAGUAAAUUAAAUGAAAGCAACAACAAUUACUAUGGUAUAAAACUAAAAUAACUAGAGAAAACAAAACGAAACAAAAGAAAACAAAUAAAUUUAUUAUUGUACGAUGACGAUGAUCAUGAAGAAGCGUAUUAAUUUUUGUUUAUUAUAAUACAUAAUAAUACUUGUAAUUUGUAAUAAUAAAAAAAGAAAGAAAGUAAACAACACAUUAAUCAUAAAUUGAAUUGAAAUGAAGAAUUUGUGAGAAACGACGAACAAUUUGCUCAGUAUGCAAAAUAACAAUUGAUAGCAGCGACUAUUUACGUACACCUACAUACAUACACACACAUAACUAACUAAAACCAAACAAACUAACUAAACUAAACUAGCUAUCUAAAAGUAAUCACACUAAUAACGAUUUCAAUUGAUAAACGUUAAGCGACAAACAGCAACAAAACAAAAUAAAACACAAAAAAAAAAACAAAACAAA